CAAAUGGCUACCCUAGCGAAGUAGAAUUUGCUCAAGAAUGUGAGUUUUAUUUGCUAAAUUACUAAGAAAGUAUACGAUAAUAACAGAUAUGAAUAAAGGAUGCUAUAUAAAUAACAUCAGGGAUUAUUUUCCGUUUUAUUUGAACAAUAAUUGGUAUUCGAACCAGGAGAUAAUCAUGUUUUAAUGUUUCACAUUUUGCGAUCGGACCUUGACAUACACAGGUGUGCUGAUUGAUAAAAAAAACGUUGUUGAUAUUUCAACGGAACUUUAGUGAGUGUUUUAGUGGUGGAACCUAAAUCUAAUAUGAGUAAGCAUCAGAAUGGAGACUCCAAGCGCAAAUUGGUGCUUUAUUUUGACAUCAGAAACACUGUUUUGGUUGCUGAUUCAAUUUCCAAUAUUACUGUGGAACAAGCACUGAACAGCUAUAUGACAGCAGUAACAUGGGGAAAGAAUACACCUCAUGGAUGGCAAUGGUGCUCUGAUAAACCAUCUCUAAGAGCCCCACAUCCAGAUGCUAUAACAUAUUACAAGCACCUUGAGCAAGACAUUGUAAAAUGUGCUACAGAACGGUCUGCGCUGCGGAAAGCUACAGGUGAUUUUACGCAAACUGUAGGUACACAAUUUGAAGGCUAUUUUCUCGAUGGAUUGAAAAACAUUGAGUGGAAAGGCGAACCAAAAAAUUUUCUGACAAUGCAGAGUCACAAUAAAACGUAUCAUUAUAUUCUGCCUGCUUUUUUCCAUUGUAUGAACUAUCUUCAGAAAGCAGGGCGUGAAUACACUCUUAUAUUCCGCACAUAUGGAAUUGAUACGGAGAAUGUAUUACGAGCUACUGAGCAAACAAUACUUGGCAAUCACCCACAAUUCGAUGCAAUGGAUGUCAAAAUUAAUAUGAAACCAGGACAAUUAAAACGAGUCAAGAAUGGCUUUGAACUUUAUGAUUGCAAUACAAAAAAUGGACAGAGACCCUUGACAUCAGAACUUGAAAUCUACAAAAAAUUUACAGAAUCAUCUGGUGUGUCCGGCUAUGUAGAUGAUUUCACCUUUUGGCAGGAAAAUGGAUAUCACCAUGAAUCUGGAAAACCUCUAUGGAUUGACCCCAAUGACCAUUCCAUUCAGCAGAUAAUAUUUGAUGACAAUAUCAGAGUUUCUGACGUAGACUCAAUUGUCAACCUUCGUCUACUAAAUAGCAGAACUGGUAAGAGUCGCAGUCUUUCGCAAAAAGAGACAGAAAUAAUGGAGGAUAGCUGUUUGGUACAGAUGGACUUACUAGAUGGUGUCUCAAACCAAAACUAUUUUAUAGAUAAGGUAAAGUUAUGUGAGACUAAUUACGACAGAUUUUUAAUGUCAUUAUCAGGAGAAUGAACAAUCAUUUUAAUAAGACAUGCAUAUGAUUGAUCUGUAAUACAUGGAUACUGACCUAAAGUCAGCUCAUUCCAAUUUUAUAGUUUUUGAUUCUAGAUAUUAUUCUUGGACUGCAGGGUAUUGUAAUGGAAUUGUCCUGCUAUAUUGAUAUUACUUUAUUCCUUCCUUUCACUGAUAAUUAGGGAAAAUGUUAAGUUUAUUGUUUCCCUUCAGUUUAUAGAGGACUGGAGUGUCACCCAUGCUCAACAAUUUGUCUCUCAGACCUAUAUUGUGCAUUGCACUUCAAUUUGUUCAGGUACUGUGUUAUGACUUGAAAGUUUCACACUGCAGUCUUUGCUUCUAUCAGUUCAGAUACCUUGUCACUUGGCGUGCCCUUUUAUCUGUCCAGUUA